CCAGGGACUUUUCUCCAGUCGCCAGCGACUUCUCUCGGAGAGCGCAGCCGCCUGGCGCCGCUUUCAGCCGAGCUGGAGCGCGCAGGGCCCCUGCUCUUCUGCCAAGGCAAGGGGCAAGGGUCGGUGACCUCGGGGCGCGUCCCGGGUCCGCGAGUGCUAACCCGAGCUCCAGCCCCCGGCCCGCGCCUGGGCCUCCAGCAUGGUGCUGCUGGCUGGGCCCGGGCCGGAGGGCGGCGGGACACGAUGCCUGGCCCCGCAGCCGCCGACGCCACCCCGGGGAGUACAGACUGGGGACGACCCAACGGAGUACGAGGAGUACGAAGACUUCUCCAGUCUGCCGGAUACCCGCAGCAUCGCUUCGGACGAUUCCUUCUACCCUCCCGGAGGCGAGGAGGAGUGCGGCUCGGUGAGCGCCGAGAGCGUCCAGGAGGGCGUCCCCGAGGCGGCGACCCUCCUGCGCGCCGCCUGCGCCAACGACGUGGGGCUGCUGCGGGCGCUAGUGCGGCGCGGGCCGAGUUCCGAGGAGGUACGGGAGACUGAUCGCAACGGCCGGACCGGCCUUAUUGUUGCGUGCUACCAUGGCUUUGUGGAUGCUGUGGUGGCCUUAGCAGAGUGCCCCCACGUUGACGUCAACUGGCAGGACAGCGAAGGGAACACGGCCCUAAUCACUGCUGCGCAGGCAGGGCAUGCCACCAUCACCAACUACUUGCUGAAUUAUUUUCCCGGUCUGGACCUAGAAAAAAGGAAUAUCUUUGGCUUCACUGCCCUGAUGAAAGCGGCCAUGCAGGGCAGAACGGAAUGUGUGCGAGCCCUGAUGCUGGCAGGGGCAGACAUUCAAGCAAGGGAUCCCCGUCGUGGUAUGUCACCGCAGGAGUGGGCUGCAUACACAGGCCGAGAGGAGGCCAUUCGUGUCAUGCAGAGGCUGAUGGAGCGACCCUGUCCGGAGCAGUUUGGGGACAAAUACAAGCUGGAAUUGCCGCUUCCCGCGGAGGCGGUGUUGAAGAGGGCAGGUUCCAAAAAUUGCUUGCAGAGAUUCGCCGCGUUCCUUCGGUCCACUCUGACUUCCCGCUCGGGCCAGAGUCUGGAAGAUGGAGGUGUUCUUGAUCACAUGGUCAAGAUGACCACAAGCCUCUACAGCCCCGCUGUUGCUGUCGCCUGUCAGACGGUGUGCCCAGAGAACCCUCCCUGUGUGGGGAAACGACGCUUGGCGGUGCAGGAAAUCCUAGCAGCUCGGGGCAACCGGGACUCCCAGGUGCAGGAUAGCAACAAGGUAGAGGGUUGUGAGCCGCGGUUCCAGACUUUGGAGACCCCCACAGCCAGCCCCUGCUCUCCCCAGUCGCCUGGGACCUCGAGGUCCACCCCUGCCCCUGUUACACGGAAGACCAGCCUCCUGCCUUUGCAGUUGCUGCCAAGGAGAAGCGUGCGGCCAGGCGUGGUGAUCCCCAGAGUUCGCAUCAGCAAGGCCCCUGCGCCCACCUUCCAGCCUGAGCGCCCCGCGCCCAAGGGCAGCACUAAGGACAGCACCUACCUGCAGAUCCCCAAGUGGCGCUACAAGGAGGCCAAGGAGGAGAAGAGGAAGGCGGAGGAAGCAGAGAGGAAGCGCCAGGCAGAGGCACAGAAAGAAAGGCGGGCGCCACGCUGGAGGAAAAGGACGUGAAAGGGGCAUGAUGCGCGUGGUACACUUGUGCCUAGUAUGGGGAGGCAGCACAGGGAUGCAGCUGAGAGGUGGCGAGUGCUGCAGACAGCACCACAGGGAAGGAUGCUCCUGACUGCUAUGGGGUACAUACUGCAUCACAGCCGCUGGGCCAUUCUUCUUUCCUACAUCCACGAAGUGCAGUCCACACUGCUCCCAAGACAGAAUUGGAAAAAGUACAGGUGGUUUUGUUUAAAACCAGUUUCCUGAGCAAUCCAUACACCCACAGGGCAGUUUUACCUAGAAGUCAUUCUUAGAGAACCCCAAUUAAGAAUUUAAAAACCCAAUUUAUCAAAGGUCAUUUUCACAUAAUUUUGUAUUUUGUUAUUUAUGAAGAACUGCAGCAUUUUACAAGUGACAGGCUCCUUGCAAUUAAGUCAGUUUUAACACUUGUAUUUGGAGACCCUUUGUUUAAAAUGCUGUCUUUAGCAAUAAAAACUUGUAAUGACUGUGUGAUUUACACAGAAACUCAUGGGAUUCUCCCCCUUUGCCAUUUGGUUCUGGCCUCUGCCUUCUCGUGUCCCAUGGACACACCUGCACACUAGCUUUUCCUAUUAACUUGAGUGAUGCCAAAUGCCUGUUUGUAUUUGAGAAAGGCAAAUCACUUCUAUUCAAAGUGAUCAAGCAAGACGAAGUCUUACUUCUUUCCUUCAUUUUUAAAACUCUUGUUUCUGCCACCACCACCUCCACCACCAUCAUCAACCAUAUCAUUGAAACUGAUUAUGGCACAUUGCAGAAAUAUGUAUGUCGCCAGGACCAAAGUCAUUUUAAAAAGGGGCUUAGAUAGACCAUACUCCAGGUGAUUUGAGGAAACCGGUUAUUUAAUGGAGGCAGAUUUAACAAAUGAGCAGUAGAAACGUGGAUAUCCUUAAAGAUGCCCAGGAUGCAGAGGGUAGGAAAGUCAGAAUACUGCUCACUUCUGAGAGGCGGGCAGGUGAUCGUCAGAGCUGGUGGGACACACUGGAUACCAGACAGAGUAGUUUAGGGAAGGUUUUCCUGUAGUGGGCUGCAUUCUGAUGGUGGCCCACCUUCAACUCCAGAGAGUCCCUUGUGUGUAGACAGCUCCCCUUUGAUGAGUGGCUCCGACGUUUGGCUCAUCCCCACGCCGACUGAUAGAACUACUAUGUGGGACUUUGGUAAGGCAGAGAUGGGAUUUACUCUUUUAUCUCCAAAGCACUGAGAAAUCCCAACUGGGUCUUAGAGUAUCUGCCACACAUGCACGUUACUUGGAUAUUUAAUGUGAAUACUUGGAAGCUAUCCAGUCAGAAUAUUAGAUUGAUUGGGAAGCCCUUUGCUGAGGUCUGUCUCACACUGCUGCUGCUGGUGGUUCACUGGCCUGAGCUUAUUCCUUCCUAGUUGGUACCUUUGGGCAUUAGGUAACAGAUCUCUUACCAGCUUUCCCCCAAACUCCAUAAAACAGGACCUCAGGCUAUUCCCUGGUAGAUUUGACACUGGCAUCACCGUUCCGUGUUUAAAAAUCAAAUUUUAAUAAGUUUCUCUGUAACCCUAGACAAAUACCAAGAUGAAUGCUGUAGUCUGGGCUCUGCUCUAGAAUGACUGGUAUUAGCUGGCUGGAUUCACUCUUGAGACCUAGGGCUUUGGUUUGGCUACAUCUCCUUGGAGGCUGUGAGGACUGCAACCAACCUCAGUUAUCUUUUGGGGCCAUCUUUCCUGGCUCUCCUGGCAUUGUGGCUCUUCCUGCCAUAUGUAUGUAAUCUGCUGCACUACCUAGCUAGUCACAAGCCCCACCACCCCAGUCAAGGCACUUCCGAGGUGCUUCCAGUCCACAUCCCUCAUGCUGGUUGUCCAUAGGUAUAACAUAAUCAGUUUUAAUCCAUCUUCCUGUUGCAGAGGGGGAGCUGUGCGCCAUGGCAAGCACCAAGGGUACCACUGUCUUAGUAUUGGACUGAGGCUUCUUAGCAGGGCCUGUGGGAAGCCCUCAUUUCAUUUUUAGGGGCUCUUCCUGGACACCCAGCUUGAACUCCCAUAAAAGGCCCCAUUUCUGUAGGUUGGCAUCAGUGCACUGUCAGAUCACAUGUCCUGUUUACACUGUGUUAAGGUCACAUUGGAAGUGGCACAUAACCCUGCCAAGCCUGGGUCCCUGCCGCUGACCUAUUAGAGAUGUAUAGUUUUGUUCCCUGCUAAGCAUGGGCAUUUUGGCAAGGGGCUAGUUACUUCCUUUGUUUCCUGAGUGUUUGGAAGUGGGAUUCUUUCCCUAAGUAUGCUAGCCCUCUCCAGGCACCAGGAUAAUGUUGCUCCUGGCUUCCAAACUGGCAAGGCUGGCUGGCUUCAGGGAAUUAUUAUUACUAUUUUUUCAACUUGGAUGUGAGGUGGCAUCUCUCCCCAUUCUGUGGAACUGCCUUUAUCUGAUGGGCCUUGUGUGUUGAGAAGGUAACCGCCAGAUGUGCAGAAGUUUGGGAAAAUUCCCCUCCUCCUACUUCCUGGUGAGCUUUAGUUUGCUUCCUAGGAGGAGAUAUAUUAAGCUGUGAGACUCAGGGAUCCCAGUGAAGGGAAGGCCGGGCCAUACUGUGCUGUAGAGCCUUUUUGGUGGCUCUCCUGAAGUGCGGUCCUAGCUUGUCCAGUGGGAGGCCUGCUCUUCAGCAUAGUAGAUGAGCCUUCAGGAAUUUCCCCAGUCAAGGACAACAUUGCCAAGCCUCUUUCCUCAUUCAAAGGAAAGGAAGCAGGGGCGAUGUCCAAAAUGCCAUAUGGGAGGAGCCUGUGAACAGCACCCACCUACCAAUGCUUGUCUGGACCUUCAGGGUCACCUGGUAGUGAAAGUGGGUGGGGGGAAGUGAAGGUGCAGGCAUGGAAGUUCACUCCUUGUCAAAAGGAAGGAAACCCCCAACCAUUCAAAGCUACUGGCAUUCUUGUGAGGGUGAUGGAGGCACCUCAUUCUUAGGCCAUGUCACUAGCUUUAUCUCCUUCUAGUUGAGGGGUUUCCUAGAGAUGUCAACAGUCCCUGAGGUCUAGAAUCAACCCUAUGGUCCCCAACAUCCAGCAGCAUUGUUUAGGAAUGAUUUUUGUUUGUUGAACAGUUACCUACUCACAAGAGGAGAGGAGGUGAGGCUGAUGGAUAGCCCCUUUCUUGCCUGUGUCCAGCAAGUAUCCCUGUGUCUGCUGUGACACCCAUCCCUGGGCAUUCUCUUUGCAUCACCUUUUUUUCCACUUGUUUCCUUCCCCAGUUGAUUAAACUCCUUGCUCAUCCUUGCACCAGAUGCCUUGAGGUCUAAAACGGUAGAAAAACAAGGCUCUUGAGAAGCCGCUGGUGGUCCCAAUGCAUUAUCAGACUGAGACCUCUAAACUCCGGGAGUGGAUGGAGGGCAGGUGCGUGGCCUCCAGACAUGUGCUCUGCCUUCUGCUUUUUGGAAGGAAGGCCUGGUCUGCUCUCCUGUCCUGGGAGAGCAGAGGAGCAGGCUCGGGGUCCUGCUUGCACUGUGUUUAUUAACUGUAAAUAGUGAAUUCCAAGCUGACAGGUGUCCUCUCAGGGAUUUAUACAUAAAUAGAGUUAGGGGAAAAGCUGAAGUGUAUUUGAAAUCUUUUUGAUGUUUUUGUCGAUUAGGAUUAAACUGGACAGAAGAAAUAUUUCUAAGAUAGUGUCACUGCUGCUCUCUCUAAGUGAGUUCUGGGGACUUGUCUCUCCGUUGAGAUUUAUGGGGACUGCGGGGGUGGGAACAGCUCUGGACAUGAAGCCACUCAGUUGCUUCUGGGUGUAACUCUUGUGUUAAUGGUAACAGCAGAGGUGACCAAACCCCAGAUGACCAUCCGUAGCUCUCCUCAGAGCUGUUUGCUGCUCCUCCAGUCCUUUCUCCUUAGUUUCAAGAAUAAAAUGUCUGCAGUCAUUCUGCAGGAGCCUACAGGCUCAUCAGGGAAAGCUAUGUAAAUGGCAGCCUUGGGCAGUGUACUGGGCUAAAGGAAGACAGCAGGUGGCAGGAGGGACUUGGUAACUUUGUUUCAGCUCCUGCCAAGCUCCUGGCCACACUGGAUACCUCAGAAUGAAGUCAUAGUGGCAAGGCAUUUUCCUCUCAGCUUUGGAGGCUAGUCCUGCAUUUCAGGAUAGAGAGGAUUCAUGAUCUUGGCUAGAGAAUGGGUUUAUAGACUCAGAGAGGGUGUGCCAAGCAGUCUCUGCCCAUUCCUUCCAGGCUGGCAGCUGGGAGCAGGUCUCUGGAGUAGAGAUACUUUAUAGGAGAGAUGGAGGCUUGUGGGGAGGGGCCCAGCUUCAGUCCUGAAAUGAUGGAAAGCCUGCCACCCCCAGGAGUCUGGAAGCAUCAACAGUUACUCCCCAUGCUGCUCAGAGGGACAAUGUCUUACUGUAAACUCCCUCCUCCUAUGUUGUAAGGAGCCUUUUCUCUUCUACUGUUUGGCAAAUUCCAGCAGGCUCCCCAAGUCUCCAGUGCCGGGCACUGUCUGGAUUCUGGUUUGUGCUGCCAGCCCUUGGCCCCUUCAAGCUGGGCAACAGUAUGGAGGGCAACAGCUUCUAGAGAAUGAAUAAAGGAACCCUGACUGUGAUGGAUCCUUAAAAACAAAACAAAAUAAAACAAAAACCAAAAAAAAAAAAAACAAAAAAAAACCAAAAAAGGUCACAUUUAUAACAAAAGGACAGUCAGGACCAUUAGAGCGAGCAUAGUGUUAACCACAAAAAAUGAAAAGCAGUGUCUUAGUCACCCACUGCCAGUUCUGCACAUCUAUGUAACUGGAGUCAGCUAGUCAUUUCUUUGCCCCUGAAUUCACAUGUCUAUUCCCUAACAUUUUAGAUAAGUGGCUGGAAAUUCUCCCGGAGGCUUUAUUUAUUAUUACAGAAACAACAAUGCUAUCAGGAAUGCCACCUGGGUCGGUUCAGCUGGUUUUCAGGUGUUACUUUUGGAUGCCAGUGUAACAGAUACAGUUGUCAUAUUCUGCCUGAAGUAAGACUGUGAUGAAAGGCGAAGCCCCAUUGGCAGCCCUCAGCAGCAGGUUAUUAAUGGGGACCAGGCAUGGUACCCACUUAAAUGUGCAAACCAAAGGGCCAGAACUCUGUGCUUGUAAAUGUUCUGUCUGCAGUGGGUCACAGUGACCCUCAGGAAAUGUCAUUGAGACCUGUCCUGUUUUGAUGGUGUACAUUUCAGACAAGUUGAAAGGCCCGAGGGUGUACCUGGCGUCCCCAGACAGUGUGAAGCCUGAUAUGGCUAGAGUUUUCUCUACCUAGACUCUUCUACUGGGACACAGUGCUGACCCAGGUGGCGAGGAGCAAAUAACGUGGCUAUGUCAGGGUCAGCUCUGGCUGUGGUGUGUGACAGUUGUAGGAGGGAGCCAGACCCAAGAAGAGCCUCCUGAGGAUGGGGGUAGGCUGGUGGGGCCGGCACAGGUUCACCCUUAGAUAGCAUCUUACGCCAAGGGCGCACUGGCAGUCCCCAGUCUGCCUCAGUCUUAGCUCUGCUGACCAGUGCUGGCAUUCUCUUGGCUGUGAUGUGACCCCUCCUGUUGCUUUAGAGGAAAAUGUAGAUGGAAGAAAAAUGAAGCUGGCCAUUGCAGGGGAGCAGUGGGCUGUGCUGACCUGACCCUUUAUGAACUUUGAGGAGUAAUCAGGCACCUAACAACACCAGUUAGAAAGUUCUAGGAACUGGUUCAAAAUGUUGCAACUCUAAAAACACCUCUCAGAGAGUGUGAGGGACACUAUAUCAGGCUGCAGCCAUCCUUCCCCUGCAUCCCGAAGUGGAAUUAGACUGGUGUUAGAACCCAGAGCUCUGGUCAAGUGACUUUCUUGGUUCAAUUGAUAGUUCUGGAAAGCAAUAAGAAGAGAGUCAUGCCCAGUGUUGCCUGGGCAUGUGAGAAUCUUCAGCAGUGGAGGCUGGGCGGGUAUGGAAUGGAGGCAGGCUUCUGCAUGGUCAGUGGUCAGGUCUGCCUCUGGGUUGAGCUCUGUUUUCCGAAUGGGAAGCAUUUUCCUCUGUCAUUUCUAGAAUUUCCAUAAAUCAGUUUCCAGAUGUUGUAAAGCUGUUGAAUUAUGAAUACUACUGUAAAUUCCAGAGUGUUUUAUUUUGAGAUGAGAGUUUUGCUACAGUUUAUAAAGGAUAUUUUCCUACGUAGACCUCAGGGCUAUCUUGGGACCACUACUAAAUGUGGCCCUCCCAGCAGCUUCAAUUCUGGUUCAUAACCGUUAAGUUAAAUGUGAUAUUAUUCAGCAGGAAGAAUGUGUCCCUCUUUUAACUUCUGACAUAUUUUGUUUUAAAGGUCUAGAAAAAAGAGACACUAGAAAAAAACACAAUGGUAGAAGAAUUAAAAACUAACUGUAAAAUAAACGUUCUCAUGGCAUAAAAUUGUGAUAUUUGAAUAAACUUAUGUGCAUAAAUUAUUUAAAAACUAUGAAA